GUAAAAGUGGAGGAGGAGGCUAAGACCCUGGCUACUGGCACUUGUUGUUUCUUGGACUCACAUCAUAUGAUAUGUUAGUAGCAAAUUCAUGAUUGAAAUGUUCAACUUGAUUUCAAAUGUCCAAGGCCAUUCUUUCUCGAAUCAAACCUCGUCACCGCCCCAAAGGUUCCUCCUCCUCUUUGCCUCCCCGCAUCAACCACCUCGUUUCCGACGUCAUCCAAAUCCUUAGAACUAGUAAAACCCACCAAUGGCAGGAUCCCCUCGAAUCUCGCUUCGCAGAAUCCAAGGUUGUCGUUUCCGACGUUGCCCAUUUCGUCAUCGACCGAGUCCAUGACGCAGAACUCGGUUUGAAGUUUUUCGAUUGGGCUUCGACCCGACCCUUCUCUUGUUCUCUCGACGGGGUUGCCCAUUCUUCUCUUCUCAAGCUCUUGGCCAGCUACAGGGUGUUCCCUGAGAUCGAGUUGGUGCUGGAGAACAUGAAAGCUCAACACUUGAAACCUACCCGUGAAGCAUUCAGCGCUUUGAUUCUUGCAUAUGCUGAAUCUGGGUCUCUUGAUAGGGCCCUCCAGUUAUUCCAUACUGUUCGUGAAAUGCAUAAUUGUUUUCCCACUUUUGUCGCUAGCAAUUUGUUGCUGAAUGGUUUAGUCAAAAGCGGGAAAGUUGAUGUUGCGCUUCAGCUGUAUGAUAAAAUGCUUCAAACAGAUGAUGGCACUGGUGCUGUUGUGGAUAACUACACCACCUCCAUAAUGGUGAAGGGAUUAUGCAACUUGGGGAAGAUUGAGGAAGGUAGGAGGUUGAUUAAGCAUAGAUGGGGGAAGGGUUGUGUGCCACAUGUGGUGUUUUAUAAUAUGAUUAUUGAUGGGUAUUGCAAGAAGGGUGAUCUCCAAUGUGCAACUAGAGCUCUCAAGGAAUUGAAAAUGAAGGGGGUUUUGCCAACCGUAGAAACUUACGGGGCUUUAAUUAAUGGAUUUUGCAAGGCAGGGGAGUUCGAAGCAGUUGAUCAACUUCUGACAGAAAUGGCUGCACGGGGAUUGAAUAUGAAUGUGAAAGUGUUUAAUAAUGUUAUUGAUGCUGAGUACAAGUAUGGUUUGGUAACUGAAGCGGCUGAGAUGUUGAGAAGGAUGGCUGAGAUGGGUUGUGGGCCAGAUAUUACAACUUACAAUAUUAUGAUUAACUUUUCGUGUAAGGGUGGAAGGAUUGAGGAAGCUGAUGAACUCCUAGAGAAGGCAAAAGAAAGGGGAUUGCUGCCUAAUAAGUUUAGUUAUACCCCCCUCAUGCAUGCUUAUUGCAAAAAAGGGGAUUAUGUUAAGGCAUCAGGUAUGCUUUUUAGGAUUGCUGAAAUAGGAGAAAAAUCGGACUUGGUUUCUUAUGGAGCUUUUAUCCAUGGAGUUGUUGUUGCUGGGGAAAUUGAUGUUGCACUGAUGGUCAGAGAGAAAAUGAUGGAGAAGGGCGUUUUUCCUGAUGCUCAAAUUUACAAUGUUUUGAUGAGUGGUCUCUGUAAGAAAGGAAGGAUUCCUGCCAUGAAACUACUACUUUCAGAAAUGCUUGAUCGAAAUGUUCAACCUGAUGUGUAUGUUUUUGCCACAUUGAUAGAUGGUUUUAUUAGAAAUGGUGAACUUGAUGAGGCAAUUAAGAUUUUUAAAGUUAUAAUUCGGAAGGGUGUGGACCCUGGCAUUGUGGGGUAUAAUGCCAUGAUCAAAGGUUUCUGUAAAUUCGGAAAGAUGACAGAUGCUCUGUCUUGCUUAAAUGAGAUGAAUAGUGUGCAUCAUGCUCCAGAUGAAUACACAUAUUCCACAGUUAUAGAUGGAUAUGUAAAACAGCAUGACAUGAGUAGUGCACUUAAGAUGUUUGGACAAAUGAUGAAACAUAAAUUCAAGCCAAAUGUGAUCACCUACACCUCUUUGAUCAAUGGAUUCUGCAAGAAAGCAGAUAUGAUCAGAGCUGAAAAAGUUUUCAGCGGGAUGAAAUCUUUCGAUUUGGUGCCUAAUGUUGUCACAUACACUACACUAGUUGGGGGUUUCUUUAAGGCUGGUAAACCUGAGAGAGCAACAUCCAUUUUUGAGCUAAUGCUGAUGAACGGUUGUCUUCCAAAUGAUGCUACAUUCCAUUACCUGAUAAAUGGUUUAACAAAUACUGCAACUAGUCCAGUUCUUAUUGAGGAAAAGGAUUCUAAGGAAAACGAGAGGUCCUUGAUUUUGGAUUUCUUCACAAUGAUGCUUUUGGAUGGAUGGGAUCAAGUGAUCGCUGCUUAUAAUUCUGUUAUUGUUUGUCUUUGUAAGCAUGGAACGGUUGACACUGCUCAAUUAUUGCUAACUAAGAUGCUCACUAAAGGGUUUCUUAUAGAUUCUGUAUGUUUCACCGCUCUGCUACAUGGCUUAUGCCAUAAAGGCAAAUCAAAAGAAUGGAGAAAUAUUAUAUCCUGUGAUCUAAAUAAGAUUGAACUUCAAACUGCUGUUAAAUAUUCCCUGACAUUAGACAAAUACCUAUAUCAGGGAAGACUCUCAGAGGCUUCGGUUAUUUUACAGACCUUGGUUGAAGACUCCAAGUUUUCGGAUCAAGUAGAGAAAGAUCUAAAGGUUAUAGCAAGACAGUGAGGAAAUUCCCAUGCAUCAGGAAAUUCUACAGACUUAAGAAGUCGAACAACUUUUCACUCUUAAAGAAGACGUUGAUAUUUUUUCUGAAUUCUAUUGAUAGGCAGAGGACUACAAGGCCCAAUAGGAAGCAUUUGGAGGAUUAUGUCUGAAGGAAUUCUGUUAUAGGAUCUGUUAUGCUGGCACUAGAAUCUGUUAGAAUAAUUCUGUUAGUGCUUAUUGUUAUUUGGCCUUUGCUUUUGUCCUUUAGCAAUUGCAAAAGCUAUGUAUAUGGCCUGUAAUGAAGAAAUGAAAUAAGAACAUAUUAGCCUUCUCUUGCCUUGCUUAUUGUGGAGGUGGCUUAGUCCUCGAACUCUAAGGACAGUUACCUCCUCCCUAAUAAUUUUGGUGCUUUCAUUGAACAUAUGGCUGAAACCACGCGUUCCAAGUCCAAUAUGGACCACUCACCUCUACACAGUUUCAUCUCACAGCUACCUACAACUCCAUGGCCUCCAAGCUAAUUAUACUUGAUGACAAUACACAACAAAGAGACAACGCAAGUUAUCUUCAGACAAGCAUUUUAUGAAGAGGUUAUCAAUGAAUCAUUAUUUGUUCCAACAUUUUGUAGUGUUACUGGCAUGCUUUGAAUAACUAUGUAUUAUUUGCAAUCAAGAGUUUAUAUUUUGUUUAGGAUUGAA